AUGGCACAACCUGACCUCACUUCGCAUCAUGUCAACUACUUAAUAUGGAGGUAUCUCCAAGAAUCAGGCCAUGGCGACGCCGCUGUGUCUUUGCAGCGCGCGUGGUGUCCUGAUCCACAAACUCUACCCUUUGCGCCUUACAUCAAGACGCAUGCACUUGUGUCGCUAGUCCAAAAGGGUUUGCAAUACCACGAGCUCCAGUCCUCACUGGACAAGGAGGGCAAUCACAUCAACUUGUCACCAAAUGACUAUUUCUUCGGACCUGACCCCUUUGAAACUGGGUGUCUGGAAAGGCGCGAUGAGGUCGGCACAGACCAAGCUUCCCCCGGCAAAAUUGCGCGCGACCAUCCGAAUGGGCAUGCCGAUCCCGGAAAGCAGGCCCGAACAGAAGAAGAUUUUAUGGAUGAUGAUGCCACUGAAAGCAAACACAGCAGUCCUAAUCUUGAUGGUGAUGGCGAUGUUAGUAUGGGGGAGAUCCCCGAACCCACCUUCACCUUGACAAACGGCGGCAGCGUUGGCGUCCAGAUCACCCCCGCCAAGGCCGCUGAUUUGACGCCCGACACCGCCCUGCUGGAUGCGGAGGACCACGUGACCCGCGCCUUGUGGAGGCCAAAGGACCCGACGACGGUGGUGGCUGCCGGUGACACUUUUUGUGAUCUGUGGAAAUUAUCAUCAUCAUCGUCGCAUGUGAAGAAGAAGAUUGUGGACCACAAGAACAGCAGCACAUGUGUGUCAGCUGUCGGCUGGGACGCCAUUGGUGAGAAGUUGGCUGUCGCAACCUGCACGGAGCAACGGGGCACCAUCACCAUGUAUAAUGUGAAUGGCGAUGCAGUGGAUUUACUUCCUGAAGUACCUCGAAUCAUCACGGGUUUGCAUUGGGCAGAUUCCAGUUCGCAAUUGGUGGUUGUGGCUUCGGACAACCAUGUCUCGGAACUGGCACUAUGGGACGACAACCGCCGACCCGACGUCUUCCCUCCGCCUCAAAUUAUCGAAAAUCCCGUCUUCGAUCUCGCUUGGUGCGGCCGCAACCAGGUGUUUGCAUCCGGGGAGGGUGCAGUUUACCAAUGCGAAGUGGAUAACAGCAUCCGGUUGGUUAAGAAAUUCGCGGCCAACGGACCCAGUACGCCUUGGGAGUUCAUUCGUUGUGUCCAGACAGAUUCUCACUCGGUUGCUAUCGCCGCAUCUGGAACGACUAGUGCAAUCUGGAUUCCUACCCAUGAUAUUCUGAUUCCAAACGCACAUCAAGAGGCAAUCACUGGAAUCGAGAUUCGCCCUCAACCCCAGGACCAGCGCAUUAUUAUUGCAUCUUUCGCUACAGAUGACAUGGUCAAGGUGUGGCAGGUCGAUCUCGAAACAAAGGGUUACUCAUGCAUUCACAAGCUACGCCUCGGCGAAUCCGUUCCUGCUCUUGCGGGAUGCUUCUCCCCUGAUGGAUACGCUUUCAGUGCAGUCAGCAAGGACUCACUCUUCAUCUGGAAUGUUGAGCGUGGGGGCGAACCCAUGGCUACUUGGACUGCAUCGAGUUCAGAGGUGAAAAAAGAGGACGGCAUGACCAAUGGACAGAAUGGUCACACAGAACCGAUUGGAUAUCGGGCUCUUUCAUGGGAUGCAGAUGGCAAGCGACUUGCCUAUGGCCUCGACAAACAGAUGGCACUUGUUAAUUUGCAACGGUGA